CAUUUGGGGCCAUAGCGAAGGAAAAGUUUGUGAUCCGGGUAAGGGAUUCCUGGAUAGGGCUGGUACCAACUGUAAGCCCCCAUCAUCAUCAUCAUCAUCUUGGAGAGGCGAAAAAAUAGUUCCUCGUUUCAAUAAAGUGUACAACGGAUUCAUCGAUGAUUCACGGAUUGAAAUAAACCGUCAAAUUAAUCUUGGGAUGGUUUAACGCCGUUCGGUGGAGUGAUAGUUCUCCCUCGUAUUAUUCAGGGGUGUUGUUUUGUUUUUUAAACGAAUCCACCUUGGGCUGGUGAAUGUCGCUGUCGAUGGAUCCUAGAUGAUUGAAUAACGUGGUAGCGUGAGUGAAUGACAUCGUGGAGAAACACGAGGUGUUCGACGACUGUGGAAAGAUCAAUCCGAAGGAUACACAGGAUACGAGACGCCGUGACGUGCUUCCUCUUGAUUAUUAUUUUUAUUUCUUUCCACGCAGCUCCAUACUAAAAACAGGAUACAUCUCACUCAUAAAAUCACUCGCGGUGAAAUAGUGUGUGAUAAGUGGAACACAGUACUCAACAUCCCAGUGAUGACAGUUUGUGAACUAUUUCAAUUUUAUUGGAGUCAUCGAAAAUAGUAAUUGAGAAAAAAAAAAUCGAGGUGAAUGUAGAGAAAAAAUUGCGCGUCGAGUAGUGUGUCAAGUGUGCGCCCUGUUGUCAGGCGUUGGUACUCUACUCAUCGAAGUGUUGGAGUUUUUUUUUUUCGGUUUUUUUUUUGAAAUCCCUCGGUACAACUGGAGUGGGAUACGAGUGUCUGUGCGGGCUACAUGCAAAAAGAAAAAGUCUAACCCAGAGGAGGAUAAAAAAUCACGCUAAAAACAUUUGCCGUUGGUGAGGGCGCGGAGAAAGAAAAAAAAAAAGGACGAAAAGAGUGGGGGAAAUGAAUCCCCAAGUGGACUCCCUCGUUUGAGGGUUGACAUUGUGCUUAACGUGUAUGUGUGUGUGUGAAUGCAUUGAACUGUAAACCAAAAAGCAGGAGAGUAAAGCGGAUAAAAGAGUCAACAAAUUAAGGCAACUCAUAUACAUUUGCUGUUACCAAUUAAACAUCGGUUUUGAGCGGUGUGUACUAUCCAACGGCCCCUGACAAGAAAUCCCAGUGCACCAUCACAAUGCGGGAUCGCCUGUCGUGGUACAUGGUCUUUCUGAUAUUACCAACAAUUUUAUUAGCUCGAUCGCUUGACAAAGAUCGUCGUGUACCCUACAACAUACCUUCAGAUUGGCGAGCACUGUGGUACAAUAAUCUUGAUGAACUACAGAGAGUUAAUGAGGCUAAUGAAAAUAACACUGUCUCAAAUGUCACUGUUCAACUGGGUGGUACAGCAUUCUUACAUUGUAAAGUAAGACAUCUUGCUGAGCGUUCCAUCUCUGAUGCCGAGAUAUCCUGGAUACGUCGACGUGAUUGGCACGUAUUGACGAGCUCAUUGUUCACGUACACGAAUGACGAGCGAUUCCAGGCGCUCCAUUCGGAGGGCUCGGACGACUGGACGCUGCAAAUCAAAUACGUACAAGAACGAGACAAUGGAACAUACGAAUGUCAGGUAUCAAGAAGUACGGGGAUAAUAUCACACUUUGUGAAUUUAAAUGUCGUGAUACCAGAGGCGUUUAUACUAGGAAGUGAAGAACACCAUGUCGAUGUGGGCUCUAUAAUAAGUCUGGUGUGCAUAAUUGAAAAGAGUCCAACGCCGCCGCAAUAUGUGUUCUGGUAUCACAAUAACCGGAUGAUAAACUAUGAUACUGCGCGCGGUACAGUGAGUGUACAGACAGAACCAGGACCAACUCAGAGUCGACUGACAAUUCGUCAAGCAGUUGAAUCGGAUACGGGAAAUUACACGUGCAGAGCCUCAAAUACCAAGCCAGCUUCAAUCUACGUCUUCGUGACAGAAGGCGAUAAAAUGGCGGCUAUUCAGCGCCGUAAAACGUCCAGUGGAGAGAGGACAUCGGGUAGUUUGAUACUGGCGCUCAUUGUCACUGGCGCUGUUUUAGCGCGAUAAGCAUUUUCAUUCGAAUAAAACAAAACACACAAUGUCCAUUACUGUCAUUAAUUCGUUUUUUUGAUCAUAAAUAACUUUAUAGAUAAUCCCCGAAUCUCGAGUACAUGACACUCGAAUAUUUUCCAUUAAUUUUACGAUUAUGAGGAGAAUAUUAUAACAGCGAACUCGUGACAAUGUUUUUUGUAGGACUAUCGACGGUAAAUAAUGGAGUACUCCGUGUUUAAGUGAUUGGAAUAGAGUUCAAGUGAAGUGGGGGGAAUACACAAAAAUUCAUGUAAAUAAAUAUUGAAAAAUAAAUUGAAAUCCAUCAUCAUCAAUUAUUUCAAUGAAAAUUUCAGAGUGAACUCAAUUUUCUGGUGUAAUUUUUGGUCGUUAUUUCAUUGCGAAAUCGGGGGUAUCGAUUUACGAAGAAUUUGACGAUUGUCACUGGAUUGUGGAAAUGAGCGAUAUUUUGGUGCUUACAAUUAUUCAAUGCAAUGACAUUUCUGAAUCGAUAAUAAACGGAGUGUAACUCUGAUUGAGUAAUGAGUCCAGUCCGCAUAAUAAAAAUCUCAGCUGGUAAACGUUUCAAUAAUUGAAGAGAUUGGCACGAAGGACUGGAUGGAUGUUGACAUCGUCAAUUGAUUUGAUACCGCUACCCCGAAUUCUUGUAAUCUAUCAUAGUAAAUUAAUCGACUGUUCAAUAAUAAAUUUUCAAAAUGGAAACGAUUAUUUGAUAUUCGUAGUGUCCAUGCGGUCAGUACUGAAUGUUUUAUGAAAUAAUUUACGUAAUGACUCCAGUGGUAUUUUUUAUUAUUAAUAAAGCCUUUCGUUUGUGCGAUCCUCAGUAAAUUUCAAAUGCCCAAGGAUAUAACGUAGAGUUAAAAUUUCUCAUGACCCAGGAUUUUAUGGGAAGGAAAGGGUUCUCGGCUCAUGGGACAAUGAUUUAUUCAUGUGGAACAAUGAUUAAUUAAUAGUGAUAGUACUCGAAUUAUUAAUAAAAGUCAAUUUAGGAAUUUAAACUGGCAAGAAAAUGGAACAAUUGAGGAUUUACUGCGGAAAUACAGUGAAUUAUCAGAGUGGCUUCCACAGGAAUUUUGUAAUAACUCACGAACACAUUAACGCCGAAAAUGAGAAAAAAAUUGCUAUUAAAUAGUUAGUUUUGAAACUGCGAUGUCACAUGGCCGGAUCCGUCUUCAAGUGUGUAAUCAUUUUAGCAAUUGAAUUGGGGAAAAUAUUCGUCUUCAGAGAGGAAAAACAAUUUAAUUUUAAGUAUUCCGAGGGAGAUAUAGACAUGAUUGUUGAGGGAAAAGGCUGGGAGGAUUGGAUCAACUUUUAUCAGCUCGAUUGAGAGAAUAAUGGGGAGCUAUGAAGAAAUGAACAAUACACUGACCCAGUAAAGAAGAGGUUUUUUUUUUGCUUAAGAAAACAUCCGCUUCCGUUCACAUCAUUCCAUUCUAUAUGUAUUAUAUACUUCGCGGGUAUUUCAGUGAUAAGAAAUUUUAUUAUAAGAAAAAUGGGUAAGGAAUGAAAGAUGAGGAUAUGAAGUGGGCCACCGAAAAUAGAGAAAUGCCAUUGAUAUUUGAAAUUGUAAAUUUUAUCGAAUCCUUAUUGUUUUAAGAUGUUUUGUCAUAUAAUUACUGUUGAUUAUUAUUUAGAGUGCCAGUGUUUGGAUCAUGACAGAUGGAAAACAGAGGAAAUACAUGAUAUAUUGAUGGAGGGAGAAACAAAAUUGAAUUGCAAAAAAAUAUGGGACUCAACGAUUGUUGUAUAGGAGCAGAGUAAAAGUGGAUUUAUCUUGUUAUGUUUUAAUCUUGAUAAUUGAAGUUACCGAAAGUACAAGGGAGUGAUAUAAAUCGUCUAUCAUCGAGCCAAUAUAAUUAUUUAUCGUAAAAAUAACUGGGCUGAACAAAUUGUACAUAAAUUAAGCGAGAAAUUUUAAUGAAAAAAAAAGAAACCUGAAUGACUGAUACGAUGACCACAGAAAAGCUUUAUUCGGAGUUGGGAGAAGUUGAUUCGAUACUGAAUUCGAUUAAAAAAUAUUUGUCGAGGAAUUACAAAGAGUCACAACAAUUUUUUUCUCAAAAUGUGAGUAAACGCCAGAUAAGAGCGCCUAUGGGUGCAUUUGGAAAUUGCUAUGGGCACAAAUUUCCUUUUCAAAUAUACACAAGAAAAUCCAUUUCAUCCUCAAGUUUUGAUUUCACCCACUGCUAAAUGACUCUUCAUACUUAGACAAACAUUUGAUUUCUAAUUCUCCAUUAAAAAUUCCUUCGAUUAAUUUUUCCCUUUUGGAGAAUGAAAAGCAAUACAAAUUAUGGAAGAGAAAUUGCAAUUAUUGAAUUUAAAGACAAUUGCAGGGUGUACAGGCGUUUGUGUCUAUCUUCUAUCCUGAUAAACUUGGCCGCCUGUGCACAAUUAUAUGUAGAAUAUACAUAGAAUCUGUUAAUAAUAAGAGAAAAAAAAUGAUGAACAAUUGGCCCCUAUCGAGAAAUAAUGUCCAGUGGCAUAACUUCGUUAUUCGAGUGAGAAAAUGAGUGAAGGAAUUUGAGCCAAUGUCCUGAGACGUUCUUUUAAAGACUGGGUGGAAAAUAUAUGGUAUUAUUAUGGUGGAAUUUCAGAUUAAUUCUCAAACAAAUAAACAUCCUUACGGAACUUAAAGAAAAGAAAAGAAAAGCAAAAAAAAACAUUUCUCAGUAUAUGUCUGCAAUCAUGUAUGAUAGAAAAAAAACCAUUCAAUUCAAUAAAAAUGUACGAAAUCGAGAUAAAAAUCAUCAAUUCACCUCGCCCUUCACCCAUUCCA